AUGGCGGACGAAAUGGCUACGCUGCUCAAGCGUGAGCAGAAAAUUCACGACAUGCUGGAUCUGAUCGAGAAGUUCGUGGAAAACUACAAGGCGGCGGACCAUUACAACCAGCUUCGGGUGCGUUUGGAUUCGCUGGAGAAGCUGCAGGUGAAGUUCUACGAACUACGGGAUCGGAUUGAAGUACUGCAAGAUGCUGAACCUGAAAAGAAGACGACGACUGCGGCUACGACUGAAGCAGUGGGAACAGACGGUGAUCCCGGUGGUGACGGCGUGAAGCAAGAAGACCUGACUGUGGGGGACCCUAACUUUCAGGCUAUUCAAGAUUUCGAGGAUCGUUAUUGUGCGCUGAUGGGAGACCUGCUGUUCUUGCGUGACGGAAAUUUAACGCAGACAACGAAAGAGCUCGUUCAGCCAGCGCAACAGUUGUACUCCAAGGUGAAACUUCCCGAGAUUACACUUCCCAGAUUCAGCGGCGACAUCUAUGAGUGGAUCGCGUUUCGUGACUCGUUCAAGAGUCUGAUACACAAUAAUCCGCAGCUGACUCCGAUGGACAAGUAUACUUACCUGCGAUCUUCUGUUACUGGUAGCGCUGCGGCGGAGAUCAGUACCGUCGACUUCUCUGCGGAGACUUACGAGGUUGCGUGGGAGGUGUUGCAGAAGAAGUACGAGAUCAAGAAGUUGAUCGUGAAAGCAUACCUGGAUGCAAUCUUCUCGAUUGAGCCGCUCAAAAAGGAGAGCUACGACGGGCUGAGCUUCCUGGUAAGUCAAUUUGAAAAGAACCUGCUGAUGCUACAGAAGCUGGAUGAAGACACGACUGGGUGGAGUACGAUUCUGGGCUACAUGGUCUUCACGAAGCUGGACCCGUCAACGCUGCGUCAGUGGGAGACGCAUUACUGCUGCAACGAUGUGCCGAGCUACGAGGAGUUGAUUGCUUACCUGCGCAACCAAUGUUGUGUGCUGCAGUCUAUUGCACAGCAGAAAGCUGCAGGAACGGAUCAGCGUCAGAGCAAACCUUCUGUGUGCCACACCCUGGUGCGGUCGUCUGGCAGGUGCAGUCUCUGUGGAGGAGAACCGUGGCAUUCACCAUUUCACUGCGACAAGUUUCAGAAGAUGCUGCUGACGGAGCGGAACGAAGUGGUGUUGCGAUCAAAACUGUGCAGGAACUGUCUGUCCCCUGGACAUCUAGCACGAGCGUGUACGAGAGGAGUUUGCCAUCACUGCCGGCAGAAACAUCACAGUAUGCUGCAUUCCGGACUGCUGCAGUCAAGAAACUCCGCUCCACCGCAACAGACAAGACCUCCCCAAGCGAUCACACAGCAACGACAGCCACCGUACAGACCAACAAACACAAACCAACAGCCACGAAACCAGAACACAAGCCAGAACAACACGAACACAGCCAGUGGCUCGCAAAGCACACCUCCACCGUCCACACCCACACAGAACCUCACCAACACAGCACAAACGCCAAACACAAGCCACACCUACACUGCAUUCCCAACAACACCCACACCGAACGUUAUUCUAUCUACGGCAAUCGUCAUGCUUAAAGACAAACACGGCAGGUCCAUGCAAGCACGCGCGCUGCUGGACUCCUGUUCACAACAGUGUCUCAUGACAACAAGUUUCGCGAAGAAGCUGAACUUUGAGAAGUUUUCAGCAUCGCUGUCGGUGCAAGGGAUUGGGUCGUCGCUCUCGCACGCCACGAAACUGGUUCGUGCUGAUGUCGAGCCCAGAUCGCAAGCAAUCUCGGAGUUCAGGGAAGAAAUGCUCUUUUACGUUCUUCCGAAGCUGACCGUGGCGCUGCCCACCGCUACCGUGAAUCCGACUCAAUGGAAGCUACCCGAACGAUCCGUCCUAGCCGACCCUAACUUCUUUGAAAGCGGUCCGAUUGAUGUGAUCAUUGGUGCAGAGCACUACCUGAAUCUGCUGGAGAACGGACGACUACUAGCAACUGACGAUGGCCCAACGCUGCAAAACACCGUGUUUGGGUGGAUCAUUUCUGGUCGCGUUCCGAACAGCUCACCGUUGGAAGCGGUCGCGAUGGCGUACGUCUGCACCAACGAGGAGCUUCAAGAGCAGCUGACGCGGUUCUGGGAGCUGGAGACAUGCUGGACAAAGAGCAAGUUGUCAACCGUGGAGUCGGCAUGCGAGGAGCAUUUUGAAGCAACGACAGUACGCGAUGCAACCGGUCGCUUUGUGGUCACCCUGCCGAAGAAGGUGUCAGCGUUGGAGCAGUUGGGUGACUCCAGAACCACAGCGAUCAAGCGGUACCUCGGACUGGAACGGAGACUGUCAGCAAACCCGGAACUGAAGAAGCAGUACAGCGACUUCAUCCACGAGUAUUUGAAUCUGGGUCACAUGCGAGAGGUGGUGGACGAAGGAGAAGGAGUUACUUAUUAUUUACCACACCACGCAGUGCUCAGACCGGACAGCUCCACAACGAAGCUGCGAGUGGUGUUCGAUGCGUCAUGUCGGUCGUCUACUGGAGUUUCGCUGAAUGACGUGCUGCUGGUCGGACCAGUAGUGCAGGACGAUCUGAUCGACAUUACCUUACGGUUCCGUCUGCACCGCUACGCGAUAGUCGCGGACAUCGAAAAAAUGUACCGCAUGAUAAAGGUUCAAGAACCUGACCAGCGUUUGCAGAGAAUUUUCUGGCGUGACUCGACGGACGAGUUCCUGCGGAUAUUUGAGCUGACAACCGUCACGUACGGCACGGCUUCUGCGCCAUACCUGGCAACCAAGUGCCUUCAGAAGCUAGCCGAAGCGGGCGCGGAAACGCACCCAGUCGCCGCACAGGUCGUCAAGAACGACUUUUACGUCGACGACAUGACUACUGGCGUCCAAAGCAUCGAGCAGGGCAAGCAGCUGGUUCACGAGAUGGUGCAGUUGAUGGAGUCAGCUGGCCUCUCAUUGCGGAAGUGGAAUUCGAACAGCAGGGAGAUUUUGAUGAACGUACCGGAGAGCUUGCGUGACUGUCGAGCGCUUCUGGACAUGGAUACGUCGAGUUCCACCGUGAAGACGCUGGGAACAAUCUGGGAGCCGAGAACUGACCGCUUCAUGUUCACCACGCCGAAGUGGAUCGAGGUUCCAGUCAUUACGAAGCGGGUCGUCGCAUCUGAAGCUGCAAGACUAUUCGAUCCUUACGGAUUGCUGCAACCUGUGGUGGUUAUUGCCAAGAUUUUUAUGCAACGUCUGUGGGAGCUUAAGCUAAACUGGAACGACGCACUGAACGAGGAAAUGCAAGAAGAAUGGCGCGAUUUCCGUCGGAAUCUGAUGGGCUUGGACGGAAUUACUGUACCACGCUGGGUUGGAAUCGGCGACGAGAACGAGGCAGUUGAGUUGCACGGCUUUUGUGACGCGUCAAAGUUAGCAUACGGAGCGUGCAUCUACGUCAGAACGGUUGCAAAAGACGGAUCAGUAAGCGUGCGACUGCUAAUCUCGAAAUCUCGAGUCGCUCCACUGGACAAUCAGAAGCGGAAGAACAAGAAGCAGUCAAUUCCUCGACUGGAACUCACGUCAGCCUUGCUACUUGCGCAUCUGUACCACAAGGUAAUUUCCGCCUGCCCAUCGCUGAAAAGUGCGAAGGCUUACUUUUGGACAGACUCAAUGAUAUCGAAGUGUCAGAUAUCAGCCCCACCGUCCCGUUGGAAAGAUUUUAUCGCCAAUCGAGUCUCAGAGAUUCAGCAUCUCACCCCGAUGGAGAACUGGCACCACGUGCCAGGCGUCGAGAACCCAGCUGACAUCGUGUCACGAGGAAUGAUCCCUGCUCUGCUUCGCUACGAGACACUCUGGUGGAAUGGGCCUCGCUGGCUGUUAUUGGACAAGGUAAACUGGCCGCAGCCAGUCCCUGUCAACGAAGCUGAGCUAGAUCCCGAGGUGCUGGAAGUAAGGGGUCCCGUAGCAGCGGUUUUACCAGUGGUGGGUCCGAACGAGAUCUUUGGAGUGCGUUCGAAGAUCACGGACUUGGUCCGGAUCUCGGCAAUUUGGCUACGAUUUCGUUUUAACGCCCAAGCGAAGAAUCGCAACUGUCGCAGAACGGGACCGCUGAGUGUUGAUGAACUCGCUGGUGCGCUCCACGCGCUAGUUCGACUGUCUCAACGUGAUUCGUUUGCUCAAGAGCUAGCUGAUCUCACGGCAAGAAGGCGUGUUCGGGAUAACUCUCGAAUUGCGUCACUGAACCCGCAACUCGUCGACGGCAUACUUUGCGUCGGCGGCCGGCUGCGUCACGCAAGCAUUUCUGGAACUCGCAAGCAUCCCAUGAUCAUCGACCACAAACAUCCUUUCGCCGUGAUCGUGAUGGAGUACUAUCACCGUAGCAUGUUCCACGUGGGACAGCAAGCUCUGGUCUCUGCUGUUAGAGGAAGGUUCUGGCCGACAAACGCCCGGAAUCUGGCGCGACAAGUUAUCCACCGGUGUGUCGACUGCUACCGAGUGAAGCCGAAAGUCCACGAGCAGCUGAUGGCAGAUUUACCACCGGAGAGAGUCUUGCCAAGCACACCGUUCUCAAAGGUUGGAGUGGACUAUUGCGGACCGUUUCACAUCGUGUAUCCACACCGUCGUGCACAGCCGAUCAAGAGCUUUGUGGCGAUAUUCGUCUGCUUGGUGACGAAAGCUGUUCACCUCGAAUUAGUAGCAGAUCUGACCACCCAAGCCUUUCUAGCAGCUCUCAAGCGGUUCACGGCACGUCGAGGCAAGCCCUCCGUGAUAAUGUGCGACAAUGCCAAGAACUUUGUGGGAGCGCAACGUGAGCUGGAGGAUCUACGCAGGCUGUUCAACAACCAAGUCAGUCAGGAGAAGAUCAUCAACGAAGCUGCAAACGAAGAGAUCACAUUCAAGUUCAUCCCAGCACGCUCGCCGAACUUCGGAGGCUUGUGGGAAUCCGCAGUACGAUCCUUCAAGCUGCUGUUCAAGAGGACAAUCGGCACACACAACUUGGUCUAUGACCAAAUGCAAACCUUGCUAGCGCAGGUUGAGGCGGUGCUGAACUCCAGGCCUCUGACCCCGCUGAGCAGCGACCCCAGCGAUUUUGAAGCGCUCACCCCGGGUCAUUUCCUGAUUCACCGACCACUAACGGCGAUUCCGGAGCCGAACCUCGACAGUGUGCCUAGCAACCGUCUGUCAGCGUGGCAACACGUACAGCAUUUCAUGCAGACACUAUGGCGGAAAUGGUCUCAGCAGUACCUGUCUGACCUGAACAACCGAACCAAAUGGGCGAAGCAGAAGGAGAACGUGAAGGUCGGAACGAUGGUCCUGCUCAAGGAAGAUAACCAGCAACCACUGUCGUGGCCACUAGGCCGCAUCACACACAUCCACCCAGGGCAAGACGGCAACCGCAUCGGCACACCAUCACCGGAGACGGCCCUGACGGGUCGCACAGCCAGCACACAGCACGAGUCCAGAACGCCCACGCAGAGGCGCACGAUACGGUUCGAUGGAGACGUCCGUCGAAGCCAACCGUCCGGCGGCGAAGUCCGUUGGAGCACACUUCAGUCCAGCAGCGAGAUGUACGAGUACAACAGUCAGCAGUCCAGCGUCCAGUCCGUUGGUGUCUACAGUCCGGCGGUGAACACCGUUGGAAAUCCAGCACGAAGCAGCAGAAGAUCGCGAUCGAGGCAUCUGCAGCAGAUGCAACAGCAGCACAGCAGAAAAAAUUGCAAACAAACAGCAACAGAAACAGUUACAGAAAAGAUCGAGAAAGUGGCAACCGGCAUCAUCCGCAGCAGAGCGACCACUCCAACCGACAACCCAGCGCUUUUGGACUCCACCAAGGGGUCGAAGUUCCGGGGUGAACCCCCAAGCAGCUCGUCCGUCAACACACGAGCUGGGCGGCGUCCGUCAACACACGCCGCGGUCGAACCCUCGACCACCAACCGACCGGACCGGAACGGCCUCGUGGAGGCCUAG